CCCGACAUGAAGAGCUACCUGUGGUCGCGCUACCGCGAGGCCAAGCGGGCGAGCAAAGAGUUAGUUCCUUCAAUUAUGAGUAACAUGCUGAAUCCUGACGCAAUUUUUUCAAACAAUGAAAUGAGCCUGUCAGACAUUGAAGUUUAUGGCUUUGAUUACGACUACACAUUGGUCUUUUAUUCUAAACAUCUACACACGCUGAUCUUCAGUGCUGCACGAGACCUUCUUGUUAAUGAGCACCGGUAUCCUGCGGAAAUAAGAAAAUAUGAUUAUGAUCCCAAUUUUGCAAUAAGAGGACUUCAUUAUGAUGUGCACCGGGCUUUAUUAAUGAAGAUUGAUGCUUUUCAUUAUAUUCAGCUGGGGACAGUGUACAGAGGCCUCAGCGUUGUCCCGGAUGAAGAAGUCAUUGCAAUGUAUGAUGGUUCCCACGUCCCCUUGGAACAAAUGAGUGACUUUUAUGGAAAGAGCUCGCAGGGAAACACAAUGAAGCAGUUCAUGGAUAUAUUCUCCUUGCCGGAGAUGACACUACUCUCGUGUGUAAACGAACAUUUUCUGAAGAACAACAUAGACUACGAGCCUGUUCAUCUGUACAAAGAUGUCAAGGAUUCAAUCCGGGAUGUCCACAUCAAGGGAAUAAUGUACAGAGCAAUUGAAGCAGAUAUUGAGAAAUACAUCUGCUAUGCUGAACAAACUCGGGCAGUGCUAGCCAAGCUGGCUGAUCACGGCAAGAAGAUGUUUCUCAUCACAAACAGUCCCAGCAGCUUUGUGGACAAGGGCAUGAGGUUCAUAGUAGGCAAGGACUGGAGAGACCUCUUUGAUGUUGUCAUUGUACAAGCUGAUAAGCCAAACUUUUUCAAUGAUAAGCGAAGACCUUUUCGGAAGGUAAAUGAAAGAGGAGUGUUGCUUUGGGACAAAAUUCACAAAUUGCAGAAAGGCCAGAUUUACAAACAGGGUAACCUCUAUGAGUUCCUGAAGCUAACGGGCUGGAGAGGCUCGAAGGUUCUGUACUUUGGGGAUCAUAUUUACAGUGACUUGGCGGAUCUGACCCUGAAGCACGGCUGGCGCACUGGGGCGAUAAUUCCUGAGUUACGAUCAGAGAUUAAAAUCAUGAACACAGAGAGGUACAUUCAAACCAUGACCUGGCUACAGACCCUCACCGGACUGCUGGAACACAUGCAGGUUCAUCGUGAUCCUGAUUCACAGAUGAUUUUAGAAGAAUGGAAGAAGGAAAGAAAGGAUAUGAGGGAAAUGAACAGGAAUUUCUUCAACGCGCAAUUUGGAAGCUUAUUCAGAACGGAUGAGAACCCCACUUACUUCCUACGACGCCUGUCUAGAUUUGCUGAUAUCUAUAUGGCGUCACUGAGCUGCCUCUUGAACUACGAGCUCGACUACACGUUCUAUCCCAGACGGACUCCUCUGCAGCACGAGCUUCCUGCCUGGUCGGACCAGCCGUGUGCUGGUGCCUUCAGAGUCCCCUUCCUGCAAGAGACGGUUCAGAUCAAAUGAGCCCCUGGCUUAUUGGCUUCUAAAUGGGAUCAGAUCAAAAGAACCCCUGGCUUAUUGGCCCCCAAAUGGGCAGAUAACGCGCAUAUGCUUUCUUUCCUUUUUUUCUUGAAUGUAGCUGUGUUUUUCUUAAGUCCCUUAAAUCUAUCGUCUUGRGUUAGCUGCAACUCAUAGUUGUUCUCAGAACCGCAGCCCCUGAUUUUGCCUCUCCCAUGAGCUGCUCUUACUAACGGAGCUGAUGCCAGGCUGCCAGACCAGCAGUGCCCUGGCAGGGAGGCCUGGCGGUGCAGAACGUGUUUGUUGGUGCUGGUUUGUUCAGAGGCAACUGCUCUCUGCAGCCUCGUGGCUUACGGAACACACGGAUAUGCUCCCUUCAGGCCCCAUCUGGAGGGAGCUCUGGCUGGAGC